GCAAAGGAUGCUUUUAUUGCGACGGGAAGGUGACUUUGGUCUGAUUGUGAGAGCAGCUUGAUUGGGGAACAAUUAUUAUUGUGACAAGAUGAUGAAGCGAAUUUGCUUGUUCUCAAAUGAGUCUGUCAGAGAAUGCCUCUGAGACUCGACAACAUAAAUUUAGCAAAUAAUGCUCUGAUCUAUUUGGUUGAAUCUUUAAUAAGAAAAUCAACUCUUUUAAUCCACGAUAGACAUUUGAUUGGCAGCUCUCCUGGGAAAUGAUAGUGCAAUAUUGACGCUGAGCUUUGUGAACAAUGAAUCUGAAAGGCACCGUUUCAUUUGUGCUUAUUCUUUUGUUUAAAAAUUAUAAUGUUCAAUCGGAGAGCAAAUUUGAACAUGAAAAGAGGAUCACUUUCGCGCUGCGAGAACUACUCUUGAAAACAACCAGCGAUGAGGUCCUGAUCACAUUUGAUACAACCAAUGUUCGAUUGGCUACAAAUCUCUUGAAAGAUCUUGAAAAGCAAUAUAUCCUAUCGCAAGCUCAUCAAAUUAAUGAUUUGAAAAAUAUGGAAAAACACUGCAAUUUAACAAGUGAAAUGUUGAGAAAGAGAGGGGAUGUCACGGAAAUUUUUGUUGUAUCACACCAAACAGCUAAAAACUAUAUGGAGCAGGUGAAAAAGUCUGAACUGGGAGGAAGAAAUUUGCGCUUAAUUUUUAUCUGGCAAAAUUGGCCCAGCGGGUCUCAAAAUUUGGCGGCUCAAACUGAAGCUGUGCGAAUUGCAGUUUAUUCUUGGUACUCAAAUUCAAAUAUUUUCAAACUUUUUUCGACGCAUUCUUAUGGAAAGAAACCAACAAAAAUGUAUCAAAUCAACGCUUGGAACAAUAAGGAAGGAUUUACGCACAUCCCGGUUUUUGUACCCAUGAAAGAAGUAUUUAGCAAUAUGAAAGGCCGAUUUUUGCGAGUUCCUGUUUUACACAAACCACCUUGGUACUUUGUGAAAAAGGAAGGAAACGUGUCUUUGGAGGUGGUUGGCGGCAGGGACCAUCAGCUUUUGAAAGAAAUUGCCUCUCGGAUGAAUUUUAAAUACAAGUACUUGGACCCAACGGAAAAGUCACAAGGGAUUCCCACAGGCAGUGGCAAAGCGGGACGAGGAGUGCUCAGCCUACUCCGGAAAAGACAAGUUGACUUAUUCCUCGGGGACGCGACCAUCACUUACGAACGGACCUUGGACCUGGAUUUUUCUUUCUUUACCAUGGCUGACAACGUGGCCUUCAUAACCCAUUCCCCGCAGCCGCUUAGCGAAGCAUGGGCACUAGUCAGACCUUUCCAUUGGGAGGUUUGGCUGGCAGUUUGGCUUUCCAUAGCUUUAAUUGGUCCAGCCCUGCGUUUAAUUUCAAAAAACACCACCCUCGGAGAUUGCGUUUGGGCAACCACGUCAAUCAUUUUGAAACAAAGUACCCGAGAAGUAGGAACGUCCAACAAAACGCGACUUGUGACCAUCAUGUUGUCCAUCACCGCGACCUACGUGAUCGGCGACUUGUACUGCGCCAAUCUAACCUCGCUUCUGGCAAAACCAGGCAGAGAAUCCCCACUGAACACACUGAACGAUCUGGCAAAAGCUCUUUAUGAAAAAAGGGUGGAUUGUCUAGUCGAGGGAAGAAGUUCGGGCGCCGAAUUCCUGAAGAACGGAACAAGAGAGGCGCAGAAAAUUUGGCGCUUCAUGCAACGACAGCGCACGUGGAUGGUGCCCAGCGUGGAAAAAGGGGUGGCCCUGGUCAGAGCAAAACAAGGUCUUGUUCUGAUUGCGGGGAGAGAAACGCUGCAGUUUGAGAUGCAACGAUUUGGACAGAGAUUUUUUCACUUGAGUGAUCCACUCAGCACUCAAUAUUCAGCUAUUGCCCUACAGCAGGGAUGCCCAUAUUUUGAAAACAUCAAUGAAAUAUUAAUGUGGCUCUUUGAAGCAGGAAUUUUGGACAAAAUGACAGCUACAGAAUAUGCGAGGUUGGGAUCUCAAAGGAAAAAUGAGAGAAAAAUGGGGGAAAUUUUAGAAAAUGUUUACGACUUGGAGGCAUUCAAGACUAAACCCCUUUCAAUGCAAAUGCUUCAAGGCGCAUUCAUUGUGCUUUUCUUCGGCAGCUUUUUAGGAGUUGGAGUGUUGGCUAUCGAGGUAACCAUUUACAAGAAAUGCAAAAGAAUUGAAAAAAGAAAGCAGUUGAAGAGAGGAAUUAGAAUUUCUGUCAACUUUUUGACUUUCGUCGUUUCCAAAAUCGUAGAAUAGAUAUUUCUUUUUAAUACAGGAAAAUAUUUAUUAAGGGUAAUUAAUGUAAUCUUACAAAUCAGAAUACCAUAGGUUUGCUUGAAUAUGACGCACCUCUAGCGACAAUGUGUCAUAGUGCUGUUAAAAACAGACUUGAAUAAAUAAAAUCAAGUUGUUUUCAGUGACUUAACAAACUAACAUAAAAGAAAUAGACCAAAGUAGCUUGUGAUUAAGCUUCCUGAGAAUAAAUGCCAGACACGGAAAGAAAAAAAUGGCAAUAAACUUUAUCUCACAGUCAUCUCGUAGAUCGACACCUUCUUGUCUGUCAGGAAGGCGAAAAAGUCCUUGUGGUUGAAUUUGAGAUUACACACGUCCAUCACAACAUCUGACAUGGUCAAGUUUCCAAUGAUGGACCCUCCGUCGGACACUGACCACAGUUUCACUGUCCGGCUGCUCUCCUCACUGCC